AUGGCUGCAUGGCAUGUAUUCUUCACCAGCUAUAUAUACAUGGAAUCUGUGAUCUCUGUGUGGUACGAGCAGCAUGUUAUCGACGAGUUGAUGAAAUCGAAGCUCCUAUUUAUUGAAACUAAUGAUGCUCCCGAAACAUCAGUGGCCUUGGAAAAGUAUGUAGAUGCAUAUGUGACAGCAGCCGCGGUGUAUGUUUGUUCUCUGUCGCUCGAGGAAAAGUUUCGGAAGGAAUUGACUUCAGUGGUUUUGGCUUGAUGUAAACGCAGAAACAGCCGUAUUUAUAGACGUGUUCAUGUUGAAUUCCGGUAUAAAGCACACUUUUUCACGAAAUUUUGACCUGGAUAUGCCUUGAGCCAAAGAAAAACCAUUGCGGGCUUUUUUGAUCCAAGAGAAACGGGCUAUAUGACCGUUAGCAGGCAUGCCUCACUCUAUGUUGCCUCAUACCAAUGAUUUCUAUCUUGCCUUAUCCUCUCGAUUCCACUUCUGAUCUCAUCAUAUAGGUGGACUCGAUAAACUUGUGAUUUGAUGUCAAUGUGCAUUGCGCAUUCAAAUUGUUUCCCUGUUUUGUUCAUUUGUAUGAUUUUAGAUGUAUUGUGUGU